AUGAUUCCGCGGUCCCGUGUCACCGGGCGCCUCCUGCUGGAGCGCUCGGCGGCGCAAGCCAGCAGGACCCUACCGCGCACGGCUCCGAGGACGUGGGCUCUCGCGACCGCUUCCCAGAGCCGGCUCGGAUGCGCCAGCCGACUACCCGCGCUGCGCCGGCUGGCCGCCGCGGCCUUUUCCACGAGCGCGCGGCUGAGUAGGGAAAAGGACAACAAGGACAAGCCCGGCGACUUCUUCGACUCUUCCGUCGAGCCCGCGACCGAGCCGCUGUCCGAGGAGGAAGCCAAGGCGAACCUCGACAACAAGAAGAAGGACGCGGCGGAAAAGGCGAGCGCAGACUCCAAGAACUCCACUGCUGAUUCUGCCAAGUCAGAAGCGGCAGACGGAAAGGCCGCCGGCAGCUCGGCCGCCGGUGGUGCCGGGUCUGGCGACAACUCUGGCGGCGACGGCAAGCGUGGCCGCAAGUCGGCGGAGCGAGCUCUGCAAAAGCCCGUCGUCCCAGAGGUGUAUCCGCAAGUCCUUGCCAUCCCCAUUGCGCGGAGGCCGCUCUUCCCCGGCUUCUACAAGGCCAUCACCAUCAAGGACCCCGACGUUGCCACAGCCAUCACCGAGUCCAUCAAGCGCGGCCAGCCUUACGUCGGCGCCUUCCUGUUCAAGGACGAGAACGAAGACGAAGACGUCAUCCGAAAUGUCGACGACGUGUACGACGUGGGCGUCUUUGCGCAGAUCACGAGUGCCUUCCCGAUACACGGUCAAGAGGGUGCCUUGACCGCCAUCCUCUACCCCCACCGCCGAAUCCGACUCUCGAGCCUGUUGCCGCCGGGCAGCAGCCAGGACGCCAAGAAGGCCGAUGCCAAGUCAGAGCCCGAUGCGCCUCAGCCGAUACCCCAAAAGGCAGCAGAGGAAGACGCCUCGCAAGAGAAGAAGGGCGAUGUCGUUGCAAGCUUCGAGGAGGGUGCCGUCGAGAAGAAGCCCGACCAGGUCGCCGAAAAGUACGAGCCGACUUCGUUCCUCAAGAGAUACCCUGUCAGUCUGGUCAACGUCGAGAAUCUCGCCGAUGAACCCUACGACCCGAAGAGCCCUGUCAUCCGCGCCGUCACCAACGAAAUCGUCAACGUCUUCAAGGAAGUCGCUACGAUGAACAAUCUCUUCCGUGACCAGAUCUCCACCUUUUCCAUGAGCCAGUCCACUGGCAACGUUACCUCUGAACCCGGCAAGCUUGCCGAUUUCGCCGCUGCCGUGUCUUCCGGAGAGCAAAAGGAGCUCCAGGAGGUCCUCUCAUGCAUGAACGUGGAGGAGCGCAUGCAAAAGGCUUUGAUUGUCCUCAAGAAGGAGCUGAUGAAUGCUCAGCUGCAGUCCAAGAUCACAAAGGACGUGGAGAAUAAGAUCAGCAAAAGGCAGCGUGAGUACUGGCUCAUGGAGCAGAUGAAGGGUAUCCGCCGCGAGCUUGGCCUCGAAUCCGACGGCAAGGACAAGCUGGUCGAGAAGUUCAAGGAAAAGGCAGGCAAGCUUGCCAUGCCCGAGGCUGUUCGCAAGGUCUUUGACGAGGAGCUGAACAAGCUGGCCCACCUGGAGACUGCCGCGUCCGAGUUCAACGUCACGAGGAACUACCUGGACUGGCUCACUCAGAUCCCUUGGGGCCAGAGGAGCCCCGAGAACUUUGGCAUCCCGAACGCUAUGAAGGUCCUGGACGAGGAUCACUACGGCCUGCAAGACGUCAAGGAUCGAAUCCUGGAGUUCAUUGCCGUUGGCAAGCUGCGAGGAACUGUCGAGGGCAAGAUUUUGUGCUUCGUCGGCCCGCCAGGUGUCGGAAAGACGAGUAUCGGCAAGUCCAUCGCCAGGGCGCUCAACCGACAGUACUACCGGUUCAGUGUCGGUGGCCUGACCGAUGUUGCCGAGAUCAAGGGCCACAGGCGGACGUACGUCGGUGCGUUACCUGGUCGUAUCAUCCAGGCGCUGAAGAAGUGCCAGACGGAGAACCCGCUGAUUUUGAUCGACGAGGUCGACAAGAUUGGCCGCGGAUACCAGGGCGACCCUUCGUCAGCGCUCCUUGAGCUGCUGGACCCCGAGCAGAACAGCUCUUUCCUGGAUCACUACAUGGAUGUGCCGGUCGAUCUGUCCAAGGUCUUGUUCGUGUGCACAGCCAACAUGACCGAUACCAUCCCCAGGCCUCUGCUGGAUCGCAUGGAGUUGAUCACCCUCUCUGGCUACGUCGCGGACGAGAAGAAGGCCAUCGCCAACAAAUACCUCGGCCCUCAAGCUAAGGAAGCUGCCGGUCUCAAGGACGCCGAUGUGCAACUAAACGACGAGGCCAUCGAAGAGCUCAUCAAGUCGUACUGCCGAGAGUCGGGUGUGCGAAACUUGAAGAAGCAAAUCGAAAAGGUCUACCGAAAGUCGGCCCUCAAGAUCGUGCAGGAUCUUGGCGAAGAAGUCCUGCCAGAAGAGGAGGCCCUGACGGAGGAGGGCAAGUCCGCAAAGGAAGAAGGGGAGAAGAAGGCAGAAGAGGCGGCGGAGAGGGCUGCAGAAGAGCCCGUGGAAGAGAGCAAGGAGAAGGCUGCCACGGAAGCCACGGAAGCCGAGACGACAGAGAAGCCUAGAAAGGCACUCCAAGUUCCGGAUACGGUCCACAUCGAGAUCGGCAAGGACAACCUGACCGACUACAUCGGGCCCCCGGUGUUUACGUCCGAUCGCCUCUACGAGGUCAGCCCGCCGGGUGUCUCUAUGGGUCUCGCGUGGACGCAGAUGGGCGGCGCGGCCAUGUACAUCGAGUCGAUUCUGCAGGCUCCCCUGCGGCCGAGCACCCGCCCGAGCUUGGAGAUUACUGGCAACCUCAAGUCAGUAAUGAAGGAGUCCACGACGAUUGCCUAUUCCUUUGCCAAGUCUUUCAUGGUCAAGCAGUUCCCCGACAACCACUUCUUUAACAAGGCAAAGAUGCACCUGCACGUGCCGGAUGGAGCCGUGUCCAAGGACGGUCCGUCGGCUGGCAUCACCAUGGCUACGUCCCUGUUGUCGCUUGCCUUGGACGUCCCGGUGAACCCGACGGUGGCCAUGACUGGUGAGCUCACGCUCACGGGCAAGGUGCUCAGGAUCGGCGGCCUGCGGGAAAAGACGGUAGCCGCGAGGAGGGCGGGUUGCAAGACGAUCAUCUUCCCAGCCGAUAACAUGUCGGACUGGCUGGAGUUGCCCAAGAACAUCAAGGAGGGCAUCGAAGGCCACGCCGUCGGCUGGUACAGCGAAGUGUUCGACCUGGUCUUCCCCGAGCUCGACCGGGAGCAGGCCAACCAGUGUAAGAUUUGCGAGUGGGAGUCGCAGCAGAAGAAGGAGAAGCACGAGCGGUCCGAGGACGACGAUUAG